UAUGUGUGUGAGAGAGAGAGAGAGAGAGAGAGAGAGAGAGACACAGUCCACUCCGCCGGGAUCGGCCUCUCCGGGACUUCCUGGCCGCUCGCGCCGCUGCCGUUGCUGCUGGCCGCUGGUUGGCUACAUUGUAUCAGUUCCCACACGGAGGAGCAGCACGGCGCUCGUCCAGAACCAGUGAACACAGAGGAAUUACCCUGGAUGGGAAGCUGCUCGCCGCGGGGAUUAAAUCGCCGGAGACGACUGGACUGGACUGGACUGGACACCGAUAAAAAAAAAAAAAAAAGAAGAAGGAGAAACGGUCGCUCUCGGUGCGGCGGACGAGUGACUCGAAGUGUGAUGGCACAAGUCCAGUGAAUCGCUGGCCUCUCCUCCUCCUCCUCCUCCCGUGUGUUGGAUGUCUCGGGGAGAGGAGCGCUGCCACUGGGUUCCUGGUGCCUCGGUGCUUUUUCUUUUUCCCUUCAGAGGUUUCAUCGUAAUUCAAGCGCUUUUACACUGAGUAGUUGUUUUUGAUGGAGUGCACGCCGCCAUGGACAGCCCGGGGGUUGGAAUAGGAGUGGCUAGCUAAGUCGGGAAUAUGUGGUUAAAUGGGACAAGAACGAGUAGACCGUGAGGAUUCUCUAACCCUUGCCCCGGAGUCCCAACCGUCUGAGAGGGUGUCGGACCUCACUGAGGCAAUCCUGGGCCGUUGGCACUAAAAUGUCCCUAAGUGGUGGCACUGCAGGCGGGAAAGGUGUGGACUCUAAUGCGGUGGACACUUACGACAGCGGGGAUGAGUGGGAUAUCGGUGUUGGAAAUCUGAUUAUUGACCUCGACGCUGACUUAGAGAAAGACAAACUUGAGAUGUCCGGCACCAAGGACGGCAUGGCGGCACCACCCAGUGCAGUGGCAGCGUUGCCCGACAACAUCAGGUUUGUGAGCCCCGUGUCUGGCUCUCAAGGCAAGGAAAGCAAAUCCAAAUACAAGCGCAGCAAGAACUCUAAAGACAAUAGUAGCAAAGCUUCCGCUGGAGAUGGGGGUAAAAAAGAGACUACGGGACGGACUCAGGUGGAGCCGACAGGUACAGCGGCGAGUGCAGGAGCUGCUGCCGGUAAUCCCCCCUCUGGGAGGAACAUGGAGAAAGGGGGCAAAGCCUCUCGAGGUGUUCUGGGGGGUAAAAAAGACAAAGAAGGGGCCAGUGGGAAAAGUAAGAAGGACAAAACCGACGGAGCCCCAGUCGUGGCGAUAGCCGUUGCGGAAAAGGAGGUUGUGUCUCAAGCCCAAGUCGCUUUGGGGAAUAGUCGUAACACGUCCUUUGAGAACACACAAUCAACAGACUUGGUGGAAGCCAAUCUAAUGGGGAAUAUUGCACUUGAACAAGUUGGGAUAGUACCAGCGUUGACGGCAAAAACUGAACCGGAGGAGGUGGAAAAUGGUAAUAGUGAAUGCAAGACGUUGAAGAAGGUGAAAAAUGAAAAGAUGGAAUCUCCUGUCUCCACGCCAGCCCCUCCCCCCCUCCACCUCCUGGCCACAGUAGGCAACAGUGAGAUUGCCUCGCCGUGUGAGCAGAUAAUGGUGCGUACGCGCUCGGUGGCAGUGAACACAUCCGACGUGGCCCUGGCUACCGAACCCGAGUGCUUGGGGCCCUGCGAGCCCGGCACCAGUGUCAAUCUCGAAGGCAUCGUGUGGCAGGAAACCGAGGACGGCAUGCUGGUGGUCAAUGUUACUUGGAGAAACAAGACAUAUGUGGGCACCCUGUUGGACUGCACGCGGCAUGACUGGGCUCCCCCCAGGUUUUGUGAAUCCCCGACAAGUGAUCUGGAGAUGAGGAAUGGCCGCGGAAGAGGCAAACGAAUGAGACCGAAUAGCAACACCCCAAUCAACGAGAAUAGCAACUCAUCUGACAACAAGGGCACCACCAACAACAAGACGCGUGCUGCUGCGAACAGCAAGGGCCGUAGGGGCAGCCAGACACCGUCAGAGCGCCGCACCCCACCCAACAGCAACACUGAGGACAUCAAGGCUAGUCCCUCUUCAGCUGGGAAACGCAAGACCAAACCAGCCUCGGACAUGGAGCCGAAUUCCAGCUCAGAGGACACCAAAGGCAACAAACGAAUGCGGACAAACUCCAACAGUGGAGGGGUGGGACCAACGGGUCUGCCUCUCCCUUCUAUUAAGACUGAGCCACUUCCACCUCCCCUUGAUCGCACCUGCCCCUCUCCAGUUCUUAUUGAUUGCCCACACCCUAACUGCAACAAGAAGUACAAGCACAUCAAUGGUCUCAAGUACCACCAAGCCCGCGCCCACAAUGAUGAUGACAUAAAGUUGGAGUUAGAUGCAGACAGUGAAUAUGGAGAGGAGUCAACCCUCCACCCUGAACCAGGGAGCUGUAAUGGAGCAUCUAGCUCUCAGAAAGGAUCCUUGUCUCCAGCACGUUCAGUUACUCCGAAAGGCAGGAACUUUGAUGCUCAAAGUCCUUCCCCAUCUCCUGGCAAGUUUGGUUCAAAGCAAAGUAAAAAGAAAAUGGCUGAGACAGACCCAGAAACGGGAGGUACACCAAUGGACGGGUGUGAGGAUGGGCCAUGCCUCACUGAUGAAGCCAGUAAUGAUGGUAUAGAUGAUAAGAGAGGAUCAGAGAGGUCCAAAAAGGCUGGUGCUAGCUCAAAGGCUGAUAAAAUGGCCCAGAAAAACAUGAAGUCACCACGGUCCAUUGGUCCUGGCUCUGCGGCAUCCCAGCAGAUGUACUCUUUUCCUCCUGGAAACCCAAAUUCUUCCCCCGGGCUUACCCCAAUGAUACAAGGUAUUCCCAAGAGUCCCCAAAUGAAAGGCACGCAACCUAAACCCCCUGCCAUUGUAGAUCCUGCUUCAAGUAGCUCCAAAGACAAGAAGAAGAAAGACAAGAAGAAAAAAGAUGGUGGGAAGGAGUCUGACAGCCCCAAGCCUGCGGGAAAGGGUGGGAAACUAGAGGAAGGUAAGCUUUCAUACUCUGAACCUUCUGAUCUUGGAAAUAAGGGGGAACUCCUCAAUGGUUCCUCAGAUCUGCAUCAGAGUCGCUUGGCUAGUAUCAAGGCUGAGGCUGACAAGAUUUACAGCUUUUCUGACAAUGCCCCUAGCCCAUCCAUUGGUGUAGCCAGUCGGAUAGAUGGCAGUGGGAUGCCUCAGCCUCUCACGCCACUUCACGCAGCGAACCAAAAUGGUGCUGACAGUUCUUCAGUCAAAACUAAUAGUCCAGCAUAUUCUGACAUUUCAGAUGCAGGGGAGGACGGUGAAGGGAAACUAGAAGGUGUCAAAGUCAGGACAGAGGACCAAGCCAUCAGGGAAAGUGUCAAAAAAGCACUUUUUUCAAAUCAGACACCUAACAAAGACUCCCCAUACUAUGCUGGCUAUGAGUCGUAUUACUCACCCAAUUAUGUCAACCCCAGUGCCAGUGGGCCCAAUCCAGGCACGCCUGUGGCUGAAGGUCAGGUUAAGAUCAAAAGAGAGGAAGACCUGGACCAAGGGGAGGAGAAAGUUAAGGUUGAGAUUCAUGAAGACCGCAAACCUGACAUCAGUGCUUCUGGGCAGCAUCAGCAGCAGCAGCAGCAGCAACAACAACAACAACAACAACAACAGCAACAACAACAACAACAACAACAGCAGCAGCAGCAACAGCAGCAGCAACAACAACAACAGCAACAGCAGCAGCAGCAACAACUCCAACAGCAGCAGCAGCAGCAGCAGCAGCAACAACAACUACAACAACAACAACAACAGCAACCCUCAGUCAUCCAACAGCGCUCCAACAUGUACAUGCAACCUCUUUAUUACAACCAGUAUGCUUAUGUGCCCCCAUAUGCAUACCAUCCCGAUCAGGCCUACCAUAACCACUUGAUUAACACCAACCCAGCCUACCGGCAACAGUGCGAGGAGCGGCAGCGACAGAUGGCCGAACAGCAUCGUGCUGCUGAGAAGAAGUCAGAUGUAGCCAUAAAAGAAAGAGAAGCCUCCAUGAAGGAGGAGUGGAAGCAAAAGAGCCCAAUGCCCCCAAGCCUCUCCAAAGCCCCAAGUCAGCCAGACCUUGGGAAGACGCCACAGCCCCCAGGUAAAUCAAGGGACUCACCCUCUGAGCCCUCCUCCAAAUCCAUCGGGAGCAUAAAGGUGGAGGACCCUAAGUCCAUACAACCUGAGGGGCUAAAGAUGAAACUGACCGAAGGGGGCCACCAUGUAAAGGAAGACUCCAAGCAGACACUGGAGUCCAGAGGUCAACCAGGGAUGGAGCAGGCCAUGUGGUACAGACAGUACUCCGACAGCCAGAAGCCCCAAGCAGAGGACGAACACCAGCAACCUCGAUGGAAAGAGGAAAGGGACAGAGAGCGGGAACGCGAUCGUAAAAUAAAGGACGACAGGUCGAGGCCCAAGGACAGUCAAAGUGGGCCCAAGGAGGACAGUAAAGACAGCGGCGAUCCCAGAAUCACUUCUGAGGACCACCGGGUUAUGAGCAAAGACUCUCGUUCGAAUCCCCAUAUGCAGUUUUCAUCACCACUAGCGCAGCACCAGGGCUACAUGCCCUACAUGCACGGUUACCCCUAUGGACAGGGCUAUGACCCCAACCACCCUGGAUACAGGGGCAUGCCCUCGGUCAUGAUGCAGAAUUACCCAGGUUCCUACCUACCCGGAGGUUAUCCGUUCUCUCCGUAUGGAAGUAAAAUUGCCGGAGGCGAGGAAGGCGGUGACAAAUCUCGCACGAGCCCCACGGUCACCAAAUCGGCAACAGACUCCAAAGCCCUGGAUAUCCUGCAUCAGCACGCCAGCCAGUACAAGAGCAAAUCCCCCACAGUGGGCGACAAGCCGCCCCACGACAGGGACAGGGAGAGGGAGCAGGACCGGGGGGCUGCUGGGGAUCGGGAACGGGAGCGCGAGAGGGAACGAGAAAGAGACGUGGACCGGCCGCGCUCCUCCCCCUCCCAGCGCAUCAUGCCCUCCCACCACCACCUGGGAUACCCCCUGCUCUCGGGCCAGUACGACCUGUCCUACACCACAGGGAAACCCGACCGUCACACCUCAACCCUGCAGAGAUUCAUGUGACUGGCUCACGUGUGAAGAAGAUCGUCCGGGCGUUACCUUUUUACGACAUCAGUUGAAUGGUGUUUCUAUCUAUAUUUUUUAAUUUCCUCUGCCGAAAAAGGACAGGCAGAUUUUUUUGUUUUUUCUUCCUCCCCUCCUCCUCGUAAAUGACCCCCGAAUUCUCCCAAAAACCUUGGACUGUAACAAGGCCGACGAAAACCCAGGUUCAAAGCCAUCGCUCUGCCCCGUCACGCAGAGGAAACAACGACCCGCUGAUUCUCUAGUCUUUGCACUGUCAACAAAUACAAUGCAAAAAGAGACUAUCGGACUGCCAGAACAGCUUUUUGUUGUUGUUGUUGUUGUUUUGUUGUUUUUUUUCUUCCUUUGACUGCAUAGUUUUUUUUUUAUGUCGCACGCAGAAAUGAAUUGGCAGUGAUUCUGGGGGGAGCUGGGUGGCUGAUGGGGGAAGAGGAGUCAAACUAAAUUAAAAGACUUGACUAAAGGACGGGGAAAAAAGCGGAUCAUAUUGAAAUGAUUUCAACUCGAUGUCUUUGGCUUCUCGUACGCCGCCGAAACAACAGUAUAUCCUUAACUUGACAAACGUUUGGCUAUAUUUUGUGUUGGGGGACGGGGGGGAGACGGAAUAUGGCAACGGCUGCUUUCUUCAGAGACUUACGAGCCGGAGACUGAAGUUGUUCAUUUUUAAUUUUUUGGGUUCAUUUUCCAUCAUCGUCAUCGUCGUCAGUUCCCAUCUCUCCUUUGAACCCUCCGCUCUUUGUUUCAGGGAUGAUGUGUCGCGAAGGGACCGCAUACACCUCAGUGGAGAAUAAACACUAUGUCAUGUUUUUCUUUUUUCUCUCUCGACAACACUUCAGUUCUGCUCCGCGUCGUUUGUUUGUGUGUUCACCUUUGAUUGUGUCCAACCGCUGGUUUUAGUUCCUGAAAAGGUUCUCACACACACACACACACACACACACACACACACACACACACACACACACACACACACACUCACUCCCGACGGUGAAGCCACAUCUGCAGGCGACCGGUUUCACGGGGGCGUUGCCGUCACUACAUUCGGACACUGUGUGUUGGGGGGGGGGUGGGUCUCUGAUGUCUUCACUGUAGCUUCAUUCAGCUCAUCCACUUCUUGAUUUCUUUUUCUGUGAACUAAUGUGAAAUUUCACUCGACUCGUGUGUUUUCCCUGAUGUAAUAUAGACUCCUAGCCUGCUUUUUUAUGUGCAUACAUGUUUAUAUUUAUCCCGGCACGCAGCUGUUUAGAAAUUAUUACUGUUGAAAAGCUUUUUCACAGAGUUCAACAUCUUCUUUUGUGCUCACAGAGUCGCUGCUGCUCCUCCGACAUCUCCUCCCACUGCUCCCCAGCUUUUUUGGUUUAUCUUGCUGCAGAUUUAUAAGAAAUACAAAUAAAAAUCUUAUUUUAUUAUUAAUGUUUUCAGCCCAUCUCAAGCUCGGUUGCAUGUCUCCAUUCAUGUCAACGUGCACAUGUGCCAUUCGACUGGUUCCACAUCUCGGAGUCUAUUUCAAAACGGCACAGCGGCGGCGACCGACUGUCGGCUGAAGAGAGGCAAACAUUUCUCUUGGUGCUUCGCUUGCUUGUGUGACUUCACCACAACACACGUCCAACAUUCAAGGCGGUCGCGAGCGUUGGUUUUUCUCGUCGCCCCGGCGGCGAGCUCUUGGAUGAGUCCGAAUAAAACGGGUCAGCAAGUCCAAUCCGUCGGACACAAACUUCCUUUGUACGGCUGCUGCCUGAGCUCAACGCUCGACUACUACUCGGCUACAUUAGACAAAAAAGUGCAUGAAGUUAAAAACCCCAAAACAUACUCUGUUGCUGUUCCUAUCACAGAGCAAACGUGAGCCAAUCAGAUGCACGCGGUGAAAUUGAUUAGAAAAAAGGAAAGGCUGAGUCGAUCACUCACACACGUGACUGAAGCUCUGCUGAAGAAAGAAAAAAGAAGCGCGUUGCUCUCGGCGUUUUCUUUGGAUCUCAAACUGGUGUUUCGCUGCUCCGGAAAACUGAACCGAGUCCGGUCCACUUAGCGUCUGCACAAAGUGUAGCGCGACUGUCAGCACGGCCGCUCCCUCGUGGAUUUCCAAUUACAGAUCUCGUACCUCAGGGGUUGUAGGUUGAAAUCGUAUCCACGUGCUGUUUGCAAACUCGCCCACGACGGAGAAUCGCUCCCAGGUUUUUCGUGCCGCACCUACCGUUGUGGCUUGUGACCGUUCCUCUCCGUCAGUUUAAUGAGAGCAGACUCUUGACCACGUUGUCAUUAAAUUAAAUGUUAUUGAUUUUAUCAUUGGUCUUACAGUCUCGCCCUCCUCCACGGUGUAGCUUAUUUCUUUUCUCUUCCAUUUAACACUGUAUGUGAUCACGUCUGCAAACCGCCAGUGAAUCUCACGUCCCCUGGAGUCGGACGACGGUGGCUCUUCACUCCGAGGGUCUUGGACAUUCCAAGUAAAAAAAAAAAAUCAGUUGCCAGUUUAUUUCAUCUUUUUGCCAAGAUGCUUCAUCUUUUGUCCUUUUGCAGGAUUUUGAAGAAGAGGAGUGGCUGACUGUGGUGCCGUGUGACUCGUACUUAAAUCUGUGAGGGUGAUCCAGGCAGCUGGGAUGUUGUCUCUAAGGUUAUCUUUUUAGUACCAGCGGACUGCGCGUACGUUUAGAAUUAAUCAGACCAUGGUUGUGACAAGUGCAUUUGUUCUCUCUCUUGAGAGAGGUAGUGACGUGAUCUCGGUAGUGGAGCGGAGCCCGGUGAAGACCCGUGUGUACUAGAGUGGAUGAAAAGGCCAGAGAAGGCCCCGUUUGCCGUCGACGUGUUGGAAAGUGCUCGGCUCGUGUGUUUUUGCGGGACCGUCUUUUUGUCUCAUGGUGAAGAGUCUAUUUAUUGGCCAGCAGUUGUCUCAAUUGGUGCCUAGUUGAACAUUCUCCUGUGAAAAACAGCAUUGACACUUGCUCGUUCGUCUUCUCCCCGACCCGCCUACUGUCACACAAACCUCCCCCCUCCUCCUCCUCCUCCUCCCAAAAGUUCCACGACUGGUGCUUUGGUGCAAGGAUGUUUACAAUGUCUUCAUUUUCUUUCCGCGUGAGAGGUUCAGAACUCUUUCCCCCCCGUCUCCCCCCGACUCUCCCGCCCUUCAGGAGUUUGUGUAAAGUGUACAUUACCAUGGUUCUUUUUUAUACAAUACUCUGUAACUUGCCUUUGUAAAUUUGGGCUGGAAAAAAUAAAUCUUUUUAUGAGA